CGGAGAGGUCAGGAGGGUUUGGAUGGUGAGUCAGGCGCUGUACGUCCAUCAAGGGACGAUUUAGAUAGCAAGUUAAAUCGCGGCUGGAAACAGAGAGAGAGGGAUGUGAAUCUCCAGGUUUGUAGGUUAACUCGGAUUUGGCUGCCACUUUGGGCUGGUGGCUGAUUUCCCUGGGCCUGUCCGCAUGCUUCGUGGGCUCGGGACCGGAUUCGCCACGCGCUGGGAUUCCGGCCGAGCAGGAAUUACACCGCCCAAGACGUAGUGGGCAGUGGGAACGUUCAAGCUAACCAUGAAUUGAACAAUUCAUUGUCUCGGCGAUGCGGUUACCGGCAGGCUGUUCGCCCGCAGGAAUUUUCGGGUCUUGCUCGGGAGUCAUGCUGGUAAGAAAUGUGCCCAUCUCAUGACAUCACGAAAUGGAACUUUACAGAAAGAAAAAAAAAACCUUGAUAUGCCUGUGUUCGAUUAACGAAGUUUGGGUGUAACGAAAUUAGGUUUUGUUAUACCAUUAUUUUACACAGAAAGCUAAAAUGUAAUACAUAAAUAGACACACUUAAAUUAAUACAUAAAUAAUACAUUCAUCGAUCAAAAGCACGAGACAAAUAAGAAUACAAUAAUGUUUCUUCACUGUUACUUUUUUUAAUUGUUGUCAGUUUUUUUUGUUUUAACACUGCACGGUAUAAAAUAUUAAUGUCAAUAUAAAUUGCAUUUGUUUACAAUAUGAAUGGUAAGUUAUUAAGUAUUUUAUAGUAUGAAAGGGUAAGUUACGAAGGCUGAGAACGCAUCCUCAUAGUGCUAAUGAUAUAGGUGAUUCAAUGUACGUUGUUUCAACAUACGAAUUAAGUUCCAGGAAUGCAUCUACUUCGUAUAUAGAGGUAUUUAUUGCUGUAUUUAAGUCAGCUGCGCCCGUCCAUCGGGUCAACUUGAGUUGACCGUCCCAGGGUAACUCGGCGGAAGAGGCGAAAAAGACGCGCAGAUUGAGAGGAAAGAGGAGAGAGAGGAAAGAGGAGAGAGAGGGAGAGAGAGGGACAGAUGGAGAGGAAUAGAGACGCGCGAACGGGCCGGAGGAGAGAGCGACAGCACGGAGGAGGGGGAGAGAGGGGCCAGAGAUGUCGCGAGGAGGGACGUGGAGGAGAGCGACUGUGGCGGUGUCCGGGAGAAAGGGGAGAGACACGCAGUAGAGAGAGAGAGAGAGCCGGAAAGGGAGAUACGCGUGAGAUGGAAGAGAGAUGGGGAUAAGAAAGCACAGAGGCUCGAGAUGGAGAGAGGAACGACUCAAAAGGCACGCAGAUGGGAAGAGCAGUGGAGAGACGGGGAGGGAGAACGUGUGUUGGAAGUGCGCUGAGUUUGUUCUCCUUCCUCCGCACUCGCCAUUAGCACGGUUGACGACGUGCGGUGGUGCGGAAGACGUCCAAAAGACGAACAAACAUAACAUGCAGGGACGGAGAGCGAUGGAGAGAGACGAGGCACACACCUAGAGGCGGGCGAGAGAGGGGGGGCGAGGAAUUAAUACAGGAGAGUCGGAGAGUGAGACAAGAGAGAGAGAGAAAGGUAAAGAGGUGAGAGAGUUGUGACAGAGGCGAAGAGAAAUCGAGAGACAGCGUGAAGACGGAGAAUUCGCAGAGACACGGAAGGGGGACGAACUCGACUAUCAAGAUGAGAGAGAGAGUGCAACAUGCGCUGAAGAAGGCCGGCGGAGGUGUGGAGAUCAGGCGCAGCCUCAGCUACAUCCACGAGAUCGGCCGCGGAUGGUUCGGAAAGGUGCUGCUGGGAGAGAUCUUUGCCGGCUUCAGCCCGUCCCGCGUCGUCGUAAAGGAGCUGCGGUCGGGCGCCCCCCCUGAUGAGCAGCGCAGAUUCCUCGAGGAGGCGCAGCCGUACAGGCUUCUACAGCACCCGAACAUCAUGCAGUGCUUGGGACAGUGCACGGAGUCCUCUCCGUACUUGCUGGUCAUGGAGCUCUGCUCGCUGGGGGACGUGAAGGCGUACCUGCGCGGGCUGGCGGGGGUGACGGGCAGCGUAGUAGACGUGGAGCAGCUCCUUCGCAUGGCCUUCGAGGUGUCGGCCGGCGUCACGCACAUGCACCGCCACGGCUACACGCACAGUGACCUUGCCCUGAGGAGCUGUCUCUUGACCUCUGACCUCACGGUGAAGAUCGGAGACUAUGGCACAGCCGCCACCAAGUACAAGGACGACUACCUGGUGACGUCGGACCGGCAGAGCGUGCCGCUGCGGUGGAUCGCGCCCGAGCUCGUGGACGACGUGCAUGGAAACCUCCUCGUGGUCGACCAAUCCAAGCAGAGCAACGUGUGGUCGCUCGGCGUGACGCUGUGGGAGCUGCUGGAGCUGGGGUCUCAGCCGUACAAGCACCUGUCGGACAAGGAGGUGCUCUCGUACGUGGUGAAGGAGCAGCAAGUGCGCCUCGCCAAGCCUCGCCUGCAGAUGGUGCACUCGGACCGCUGGUACGAGGUGCUGCAGCUGUGCUGGCUGCCGUGCGAGCAGCGCCCGUCCGUGGAGGAGGUGCACCUCCUCCUCACCUACCUCUACAACCGGCGCCUCUGCUCCAGUGACGACGCCAGCUUCGAGCGCCAGUGGAACGCGCUCAAGCCGUGCCUGCCGCUCACCCACCACCACCAGCAGCAGCAGCAGUCGGCGCCGGCGCCCGCCUACCCACAGCUGCGCCGCUUCUCCAGCGAGGGCCUGCAGGAGGAGCUGGACGACAUCCUCACCGUCACCGAGACCAGCCAGGGUCUGAGCUUCGAGUACUCGUGGGACCGGCCCUGCUACUACAGCCGCGCCGGCGGCGGAGGUUGCGAGGGAGGAAGCGGCGCCGGCGGCGACGGCAGCGACGGCAGCGACGGUAGCGCCGACGCGGCCCGGGCGGACGACGCGGCGGGGGGACAGCCGCGACGCGCCAGCGGCGGCACCUGCGGAGACUUCUCCCGCCUGCGCUUCUACUCGGGCGAGGCGGACAGCGACGUGGACGCGGCUCCGUUCGCGCCGGACCACCGGGGGCUGGCGCCGCCGUCGAGCAAGCUGCCGGUGCUGGCGGCGGGGAGCCCCUCCGUGUGCGGCGAUUACUUCGUGCGGCUGGAGGGACGCGCCGGCGGCCCCGGCCAGGACGACGACGACGACGAAGGCGGCGUCGGCGCGGGCAGCGGCGACGGUGGCGGCGGCCGUGACGAUGACGAUGGCCGCUGCUCCAUCGACCUCGACGGCCCCGACAACGACCUGAACGGCGCCGGCGGCGGUGACGGCACCGGCGGCUGUUGCGGCCAACGGGACAACGACGACAGCAGCAGCAGCAGCAGUGGAAGCAGCGGCAGUAGCAACAGCAGCGGCGGCAGCAGCGCGGCCGGGGGGCCGUCGGAGCACGGGGGCGACCCCGAGUGCGACUCGCUGUUGCGCAACCGCUUCAGCAUCCUGCAGAGCGCCGGCAUCGAGGAGAUGCGCACCGAGUUCCUCAGUCGCCACGGCAACAGCCUGGGCAGCCCCGCCGCCUCCCUCGCCAUGGAACCGCUGAUCCGCGUAUGCGGCGGGGCCGGCGAGCAGCGCGGGGACGAGCGCGAGAACGACGAGGAGGAGGACGGCGGCGGCGACGACGACGACGGCGUUGACGAGCACCGGCACCACCAGCAGCAACAGGACAGCCGCUACGACCGCGUCUUUGUGGAUAGCUCGGAAGAGGACGACGACGACGAGGAGGACGACGACGACGACGGGGAGGCGGAAACGGCGCACCUGCUGGGCGGGGAGGGCGGCGAGCGGGCGGCGUGCUACGCGACGGCGCACGACCUCCGCGCCGGCUACCGCCGCCCACAGAUGUCGCUGCAGCAGCAGGCGGCACCGCCGCCGCUGCCCCCGACGCCAGCCGCAGCGUCGAACGCAGUGGCGCCGUUCUCGGGGCCGGGCCGCCUCAUGCACGCCUUCUCGGCGUCGGCCGCCAGCCGCUCCUUCGACGCCGGCUGCUGCGGGCGUCUCCCUCCCACCGGCGCCUGGAACCCGCCGGCGAGCCUCCCCGAGUUGGGCGAUGGCUGCGCCGCCCCCUCCGUCCCGCCGCCACCGCCACCUCCGCCGCCUCCGCCGAUGCCACCGUUGCAGGCGAAGGUGCGCGGCGCAGGCAUGCAGCGCUCUUACUCGCAGCAGGAGCGGCCCGGAGCGGCCCGGCGCCGCGCGCACGACUCGUCCGACUUCGGGCUGCUGCUUACGGACCGCGCCAGCAUGGGGCCCUUCGCCGGUCACGCUGCGUUCUCCUUCUGCUACGGCGCCGGCGGGACUGGCGGCGGCACCGGCGGUGAAGACAUGGUCGAUCUGGGUGACGCCGGAGGCCCCGGGCUGCUCAUUCUUGGUGGUGGCGGCGGCGGCGGCGCCGGCAUGGGCCGUCGCGCGGGGAUGUGCGGGGAACCGGAGGUGGCCACCGGGGUGGCUCCGAUGCGCUACGCGGACAAGCUCGGCGGUGGCGCGGGCGGCUACGGCGAUGGCGGCGGCGGGCGGGUGGAGGCCUGCUACUCGCCAGGCGAGUGCGGCCUGCUGCUGUACGACGGCCCCGUGCGGGCCUACGAGCCAGAGCCGCGCGACUUCUACGCCGGCGCGCCAGGCCCAUUCGGCGUCCCAGUCGCCUGCAAGGUCGCCGGCUGCUACUCCCGGUGCGGCGGUGGCGGCGCCGGAUCCGGCGUAAUGGGCGGGAGCGGAGCGCUGCCCGUGAGCUGCUGCGGUGGAGGUGGCGGCGUUCCGGGGCCUGUGCCGGUGCCGGCCACGUACGCCAUGGUUCCCUCACACGGCGCCGGCUGCCCGCAGUGCAGCUACCGCUGUGGGAAGGGAUUCGCGCAGCCGGCGGCGGACGGCACCGCCGGUCUCCUGCGCGAGCAGCAGUGCUGCGCACUGGCGAGCGGCUGCCACCCGGCCGCCUGCUGCGAUGCCGGGGUUGGCGUGAUGAUGCCGCGCGUCGCUGGCAGUGGCGGUGGAGGCGGCAGCGCUGGCGGCUGCGCCGGCUGGGGCGACGUCUCCCGGCCGUGCGAGAAGAGCUCCUACGUGCGUGGCAGCUGUGGGGGUGGCGGCAGCGGCGGCGGCGGGUACCACCUGGAGGCAUGCGGCUGCACGUCCGUCGACGAACGGCACUUGCCGGUGCGAGGAUACUGCGAGGGAAUGCACCAGCAGCAGCAGCAGCAGCACGUCCUGCUCAACCGCUACCGGCAUGGUGAGCGCGAGGAGCUCGCUCUGGACGCCUGCGCCGCCAAGUACCCGCCGCGACGGGGCUCACUGGGCGUAGAGGAGCGCUCCGGCUGCUACGGGGAGGAGAAGUACGUCGCCAUCCCUGUCGGCACGGGCCUCACCGUCGGGGAAAAAGCGGACGAAGCGAGGCAGUGCGGCGGCGGUGCCAGCAACAUUGCCAGCGUCGUGAGACGCGUCGAGCCGGAGAAACUGCCGUUCGCCCAGGAUGCGGCACUGGUCGCGACGGCGUUGGCAACGUUGGCGGUGACGGCGCCGAAGAAGCAGCCGGAAGCGCAGGCCGACCCGUUCUACGGGGCGCGGGCGAUGGACGGAGGGGACUCGCGGCGCGGGGCACCGGCGCCGGUGGUGGUGGCGGCCCCAGAUGGCGCGGAUAUGGCAACACAGGAGUUGAAGGCGGCACUGUCAGACACAUCGAGCCCCCCUCCGGACUCUAGCGCCGACUUCGACAGCCCCCUGUCGCACCUGUCUCUCCAGCAGGCUGGCGCCGGCGACAGUGGCUACGACACGGAGAACGUGGAGUCGCCGGCGCCCAGUGGGCUCGAGCCGGCCAAGCUGCGUGGCUGUCACGCGGGAAAGGACGGCGCGGACGGCGCCACCGCAACCGCCAAUGGCGCCUCCGGCUCUCCCGCCACCGGCGCCCUCACCGUGGAAGUCACGGUGACGACCGACGAGGUGGACGAGGGCGACGAGAUGGAGGGUGGCGCCGGGGAUGCGAUGGCGUCACCGCUGGCGCUGGAACCGCCCAAUAGGGACUCGGCGUACUUCUCGGACGGCGACGUAGACGCCGGAUUGGGAGACAAAGCGCCGGUGGGGACGAUGACGCAAGACGAAGAGUACAGCGGCAGCGGUGGCACUGGCGGCACAGGCCAGCAGGCGGGUGGAGACGACGCCGUUCUGGGCCGGGCGGUGUCGGCGGCCGCGCAGACUUUCUGCCAAAUCGAUUGUGGCGGUGGAGGUGGAGCGGCGCAGUGCCGCAAGCAUCGGCCGUCCCCGAGCGAGGGAUCGGACUGGGCCGUGGGCUUGCGUGGGGAGCCGGAGCCCGUGAGGCCCCCGCUGGCGCGUGGUCACAUAGUGCUUUCCGGCGAUUACAAUGAUAUUGACGCCAACGAGGAGGAGGAGGACGACGAAGAUAACGGUGCCAACGACAGCGCGGUGCCGGACGCACGAGUGAUGGACGGGUGGGACGCGCGGAUGGACAGCGCGGUAGGAGACGAUCGUUGUCGCGGCGCCGCGACGUUGCUCGUGGAGGCCAUGGCCGGGAUGGUGGCGGUGGGAGCCUCGGCGGGGCCGUGGCGUCGCUCGGCCGACAGCCCCGCUGGUGCCGCCGACGCCGAUGAGCAGCGGGCGGAGGAGGGGGAUGAGGUGCUCGCGAGCGACGAGAGAGACAUCCGAGCAGAGGUCCCGGACGGAAUCGCCGAGCAGGCGCCGCCACCGCCGGAACCUACGGCGCCGGCCGCCAUCGCCAACAAAGUGGUGGCGGCACGGCGCAGCGACGAAGAGGAAGAAGAGGUGGAUGACGUGCACAGCGAGGACUCGGAGGAGGACAUGGUGGUGUACAGCGUGCAGGGCAACAGCUCAGACAGCGACGACGAUGGUGACGACGACGAUGACGGCGGCUGCGGCGAUCGCCGCGGGGGCGACGGCGGCGAUGGUGACGAUUGCGGCGAUGGAGCCAACGCCGGGGGAGCGGAGCCGGUGCCCAUGGUGGUGACGGAGGCGGAGAGCGAUCGCUCUCUGCGGAGCAUGCUGAGGCCACCCGGCGACCUCUGCGGCCUCCCAUCGGAGGCCGCCAAGGGGGGCCGCUCCAAGAAGAUGGUGUCGUUCUUCGACGACGUCACCGUCUACCUGUUUGACGAGGAGAGCCCCACAAGCGAGCUCGGAGACCGUGGCCUAACGGAGGAUGACGGCGCCGAGGGGACGCAGCACGGUGCCAGGGCGCCCUGCUGCUCCGAAGGGGAUGAAGGGGGCCAUCACGAGGAAGUCGGCGGUGGCAGCGGCGGCGGCGCCGGCUACGAGUGGGACGAUGAAGACCUCCCCCCGGGGCCUCGCCUGGUGCGGCAGGACACGCCGCGGCACGCAUCACCUACACUCCGCACCGGCGCCGGGGACAGCGAUGACGACGCGGGGGCCGCUGCUGAUGGUGACGACGACGACAGUGGAAACGGCAGCAAUUGCCCCACGUGGUUGGGGAGCGACGAAAACGCGCAGGCCUUCGUGUUGCCAGAGUCGCCGCCGACAGGGCCUGUUCUGUUCUCCGCAAACACCGAGGAUGGCGGCCAGCCCUUGUCCGGCAACCAGGCCUCACCGGGCAACCAGGCCUCGCCUGUUGCCGAGGCCUCACCCAGCAUCCAGGCCUCGCCUGUUGCCAAGGCCUCACCCAGCAUCCAGGUGUCGUCUGUUGCCAAGGCCUCACCAGACAUCCAGGCCUCGCCUGUUGCCAAGGCUUCGCCCUCCAUCCAGGCCUCGCCUGUUGCCAAGGCCUCACCCUCCAUCCAGGCCUCUCCUGUUGCCAAGGCCUCACCCGGCAACCAGGCCUCGCCUGUUGCCAAGGCCUCGCCCGGCAACCAGGCCUCGCCUGUUGCCAAGGCCUCACCCAGCAUCCAGGCCUCUCCUGUUGCCAAGGCCUCACCAGACAUCCAGGCCUCGCCUGUUGCCAAGGCCUCGCCCUCCAUCCAGGCCUCACCUGUUGCCAAGGCCUCACCCAGCAUGCAGGCCUCGUCUGUUGCCAAGGCCUCACCCAGCAUGCAGAACCCACCGUCCCGGUUCCGGGUGUCGACGCCAGUGCUGUCCCGAUUCUCGGUGACGCGCGUCUGUGAUGCUGUACACGGUGGCGGCGAGACGGCCGGGGAAUGACCCCCACGGGCGCGGGCUCGCAUCGACGUCGACGGCGCGACAAUCACAACGCUUCGAUUGCUAAUGGCCACACGCGUUACUAGCGGGCGGGAAACAUUUUAAAAACAAACAAAAAACUAUUACGGUAACAGCGAUAACGAUGAAGAAUAUAUCAGUAGCGCUUCUUCACGAAACGCUUGCCUGAAACACUCACAAACCUCGUCCUGUCGCAUCCUAAAAAAAAAGGGAUCGGGGAGAUGCCCGGAUUUUUGGGCCCCCUGUGCGUGGUGCAGUCAGGCGGUGUGACGGGGGUCAGAAAGUCGCAUGGAGUGGAGAGCCCUCGCCUCCUGUGGGGAACACCACGGGGAGACUUGCGGUGAAGACGCGUCCACCCACGCUCGCCUGCCCAUCACCUGCCCAUCGCCCGCUCGUUAGCUCGCUCGUUAGCGCGCUCGUUAGCGAGCCACGGACGCGUUUGCACGAAUUCACACGCUUCACGUUAGUGCACGGGGUGCCCACGAAUCUUCUCCCGAGGUGUCGCGACCCCCCCCCCCCCGACUGUAUGCCCACUGCGCUGACCUGGGGAGGUCGGCGGAGGGGGUGGUGGUGGGGGGGGGCAAUCGUCUCCGUUGGCGAUGCUGGAUCAGCUGUGGCAAUUCCAUGUUCCUAUGGCGGAAAUGUCUCUCCCCCCCACUCCCGCCACCGUAGGAACAGCCACUGUUGACUUUGCUUGGAAACCUCAGUGGGGGUGAUGCUCAUUUUACUGACCCCGGAGGGAUGAUGAUGAUGAUGGUACUAAUGGUAUUGUUGAUGAUGAUGAUGGUAAUGAUGGGAUUUCACACACUCCUGAGAUCUCUUUAUUGGGAACUCUGUAUCUCAGCUACCCGAGCUGUUAUCUUUGGCGUUGAGUGCGAUCGUUAUGCGCACAAUUUUGGUAAACAGAUUGGUAAAGAAAAAGCCGAAAGAGCGAUCGUUGGUAAGGGAAAUCGUUGCCAUAAUUGUGGUUCGGAGUUUUUCUAAGCACUUUUGAAAAGGUCACUUGAAACUAAAUAAUAAUAACGAUCAUAAUCACAAGCUGUGAGCCUGUUAUACACACAAAGGAUGUACGUGUAACAUUGGCGGUGUCUUGUAAACAGUAUUUAUUGGUAAGUUACAUUCGUCGUUGCUUUAUCGAUCAUACGCAAGUUGGGUUUAAAAUAAAUUCCGCUGAUUUUUUUUCUUGCCGAGAGAAAAAAAAUGGAAAAGGUUGACGAGUAUCAUGAUAAGCAUAAUAAUUUUGACUUUUUGGCCGACUGACCUCCCAUCGCGAGACACAAAAACAAAGAAAAGUAGUUUUUGAAAGGAGGUUAACUCAUCCUGUCCAAUAAGAUCAAAGCGAACUCAGUAUUUUCAUCAAUUCAGCGUUGAUACGAUGGCUGGCGGCAAUCGCAGUUUGGUUAACGUGUAAGAGUUUAAUGACAGCACCAUGAAAAUGCAGCGACGUAACGACGCAACGAAGCAAAACACCCAGGGCGCCUGGGAUUUAUUUGUUUGUUUCGAGUUUCAUAAUGAGUGAGAGCUCCAUCGAAUUGACCGUCGAUAUUGAAUUUGACCGAUCGAUUGCCGUGGCCUGUGGUGCUUGCCCGCGCGCGUCUCAUACGCGGUUGUGUUCAAUGGCGUUCGUUCAUUUACCUCAACAACAACAACAAAAACAAAAAACAAAUCCUUAAUCUCCCGAGGAUGUCUCCCUCUCACUCCUCGUCUCUCUCUCUCUAUCUCUCCCCGCCGUUCCGUCAGUGGUGACAUCAACUGCUCACUUGACUUUAUUCGAGGGCUAUAAAAAAAACGCGAUAGCAUUCACGCUCGAGAGCGCAAGUCGCUCUUUCUCUUUCGUUUUGCUCGUCCGUUACCUUAAAUAGCGAGCGGUUACGUCGUGACUUUAACAUGCUUUAUUUAACUUUAUCAUCCUGUCUGUCUCUUUUGCAGUGCUUUCAAGGUGCAGCUUUAUCAAAUGCACCAUUCCAGUAUGUUAACACACGUCAAACAAACAAUGAGUCCACUUGGCACCGCAUUUACUUUGCUCGCACCCCCCCUCCCCCCCCCCCCCGAGAUUAGAGGUGUAAAUUCCACGUUCAUAUGACGGGGGACGAGGUUAACUCGCGAAGGACAUUUACACCAAAACACUUAGCUGCGACUACGUGGGGAGAGCUUUUCCUGAACGUUCCUUUCUUGCUCGGCCAUUCCGUGAGUCCAGUCCAAGUGUCCUAACAACACGAAACGUGUAACAUGUUGAUUAUGCUGACCUAUUCGGAUAUUUUU